AACAUCUGACAGCUCUUUGAGCUGCUUCUGGUGCUGUUACUCAACUUAACGGUGAAGCUGACAUUUAACUCGUCACAGCACACUGUUGCUGCUGAAUCCAUUAUUUUUCUCUUGGACUAUCAUAAUUAAGAAUCUUUAAGAGAGAUAAGAUCAUGGAGCGAAAGAUCGGUGUCAUAUUGAGCUUCAUUGGUUUGGGCACUGUGUGGCUGCACUCCUUCCCCUGGCUCUGCAGUCUGCUGGUGGGGCUAGGGCUGUGCUUGGUCUAUAUGGGAUCUUGGAAGAACAUUCAUAUAGCUUUGCAUACUUUUAAAAGAGACCUCAUGUGUUUAGCUGUUAUAAUUAAAGUGAGAAUUUCCAUGUAUCACCAUCGGCGAAACCGAAGAACCAUCCCUGCCCUGUUUGCCCAGGUAGUGACACAACACCCAGACAAGCCCGCCUUGAUAUAUGAGGCCACAGGAGAGGUUUGGAGUUUUAGAGAGCUCCAGGAGAGAUGCCACGCUGUGGCCCACUGGGCAUUGGCUCAGGGCUGGACUGAGGGUGAUGUGGUGGCUUUGUACAUGGAAAGUCAGCCUUUAAUGGCAGCUUUAUGGCUGGGUUUUGCUAUAAUAGGUGUUGAGGCUGCUCUUAUCAACUACAACCUUAGACAGCAGUCAUUGCUACACUGUCUCAGUGUUUCUGGAGCUCGAGCGAUGGUGUUUGGAUCGGAGAUGACUGGAGCUGUAACAGAGGUGAGUAGCAUGUUGCAGCCCAGCAUGGUUUUGUUCAGCGCUGGUAAGCAGGAAGACAAGGAUGAGCUUCAGGUUCAGAGUUUGGACUCUCUGUUGGCCAGUUCACCCACGCACCCACCACCCUACAAGAUAAGGAAAGAGUUUAAUGACAGGCUUUUCUACAUCUACACUUCUGGUACAACAGGAAUGCCAAAGGCAGCUGUUGUGGUGCACAGUCGGUAUUAUCGCAUCGCAGCUUUUGGUUUUCAUUCUUUUGGCUUACGUCCUGAUGACAUCAUCUACAACUGCCUUCCUCUCUAUCAUUCUGCAGGGAACAUCAUGGGUUUGGGCCAGUGUUUGCUCUUUGGUUUGACUGUUGUAAUCAGGAGGAAAUUCUCAGCCAGUUGCUUUUGGGAUGACUGUGCCAAACACAACUGCACUGUAAUCCAGUAUAUAGGAGAGAUCUGCCGUUAUCUGUUGGCCCAGCCUGUUGGAAAAUCAGAGGCUCGUCACAGGGUCCGUGUUGCCAUCGGUAAUGGACUCCGUCCCUCGGUGUGGGAAGAGUUUGUCAAGAGAUUCAGAAUCCAAAGAAUUGGGGAAUUUUAUGGCGCCACAGAGUGCAACUGCAGCCUGCUCAAUAUAGAUGGAAAGGUCGGGGCGUGUGAUUGCUCUGUCACUGUCUGUGCUUUAGGUGAUAUACUGGUGAUGGAUGAUUAUGGCUACAUGUAUUUCAUGGACCGCAGCGGCGACACUUUUCGCUGGCGAGGGGAGAACGUUUCCACGACAGAGGUGGAGGGAGUCCUCAGCAAACUACUAGGACACACCGAUGUUGCCGUCUAUGGAGUGUCUGUGCCAGGUGUGGAAGGGAAGGCCGGUAUGGCAGCAAUAGCUCAGGAGGGAAACCAGUUGGACCUUGAUGCAUUCUUGAUCGGUGUACAAAGAGCUUUGCCCUCCUACGCACGCCCUGUCUUCCUUCGUUUCAUGCCGUCUGUUGACACUACAGGUACUUUCAAAAUUCAGAAGACACGGCUGCAGAAGGAAGGAUACAAGCCACAAAACUCGAGUGAAAAGAUUUAUUUUCUGAACAGUCGUGCUGGACAUUAUCAGCCGGUCACUGAUGAAUUGUAUGAUGCCAUCAAUGAAGGGAAAGUGUCUCUUUGAAAGAAGGAGCUAACAAGGCUACUGGGUUAACACAACUUACUCUGACUGUGUUUUUGAUAUAGUUAUUUUGUGUUUGUUGUUUUUUAAAGAUGAACAUUAAGCUCAUCUACCUGAAUAGAUUUGGCUUGGUCAGAUUUCUCUGAGGCAUUAUAUAUGUAUAUACAUAUAUGAACAAUGUGUGAAUUUCCCAUCAUAAUAAAUACGAUUUUUUUUGUA